UCUCAAUUUUCUCACCCUGUAUCUAUAGCCGGCACCUUAACAGCCCUAAAAACACACACCAAAAAUAAAUUAAAAAAAAAAAACAAAUCCCUCUUUUUCUAAUCUUUGCCGCAAUCCACCUGAUUUCGAGAUUCGGUGCAAGGUUUAGUUGUUUGGAUUGAGGAAGAAGAAGAACAAAUAUUGUAUUCAUUGGAUGAACUAUUCAAUAGGCUGCAUCGGAACAUUUUUGUGGAGCUUGUAUCGGUCGCUAUAGCUGAUUGAUAUAAAUAUAGGUUAAAACAAUAGCAAAUGGAUCGACGUGAUACUUCAGGUUUUGUCAGUGGGGGUCCGAUAGACUCGGCAAUUGUUGACAGCUGACCAUAGUAUCGUAGCUGAGAAAUACCUAACAUUAAAUCUAUAGCUUAGAAGAAGUAGCGUACUUUAGUUUUGUGGAUAUUAUUUAUAGCCCGAUAGUUUGUUGAUACGUUCUUUUGUGAAUAAGGUUUGACCAAAUCAUAAUAAGAGAUUGUGUGUAAUUUCAAUGGAUGGCCGGUUCGGUAAUAUGGGGUUUGUUGCAAAUUGUGUGUCUGAUGCCUUUAGAAACCUGAGCAACUCUGCAGAUACUACUUUAAGAUUGGAUUUCCCUGGUUCUUUGAAUUCUUCUUAUCCUGCAUCACAAGGUGUUAAAAGGAAAUGGGGUUCAGUAAACGGGUCAAUGGAUGUGCAAUCUGGGUUGCCUUUAAGCCUAUGGAUAGGACGCUCUCCAAGCUCCUCAGAUAGUAAGGCAAGUUCAGCCACUGGGUGCACCACCAUGUCCUCUGCAAAAGAAACUGAUGAAGAGUCCUCGAUGGAUCUAGAGUUGGAUUUCAGCCUCCAUCUUGGUGGUGAGAAGGCACCUGUCAAAAAGAAAAUGUCUACCACUAAUAAAUCAUCACUGGUUGACCUCGAGUUAAGUCUCUUCUCUGUACCGGCCGAGUCUGGUGUGACAACCAUACACUUGAGCUCACCAGCUGCCGGAUGUGACUCUCAUAUGGACGAUGGCUCCAUGUCAUCACAUGUGGAAUCAGGAAACAUCCCCCCUCUCUUGCAGAAUUCAUUGAACAAAAUGAAUCCAUCAUCCAGCGUUAUGACUUUGCCAACAAGUUCAGUCACUUCAUCUGGGCUUAGCGAGCCACAUCAGCGAACCAGUAAUACAAAGACAUGCCAGUUUGAGGGAUGUGGAAAGGGUGCAAGAGGUGCUUCUGGGCUGUGCAUUGCCCAUGGGGGAGGUCGGAGAUGUCAAAAACCUGGGUGUCAUAAAGGAGCUGAGGGUCGGACUGCUUACUGUAAAGCCCAUGGCGGUGGUCGAAGAUGUGAGUUCUUGGGUUGCACCAAGAGUUCAGAAGGACGGACCGAUUUCUGUAUAGCUCAUGGCGGUGGUCGAAGAUGCAGUCAUGAUGGUUGUACCCGUGCAGCAAGAGGAAAAUCUGGGUUGUGCAUACGUCACGGUGGUGGUAAGAGGUGCCAGAUGGAUAAUUGCACUAAAAGUGCCGAGGGGUUAUCUGGUCUUUGUAUCUCCCAUGGUGGUGGACGGAGAUGUCAGUUUCCAGCAUGCACUAAAGGUGCUCAAGGAAGCACCAUGUUCUGCAAGGCACAUGGUGGUGGAAAAAGGUGUACUUUUGAAGGGUGCACCAAGGGUGCAGAAGGAAGUACCCCGUUCUGCAAAGGUCAUGGUGGUGGAAAACGAUGUGCCUUUGAUGGUGGCGGUGUUUGCCCAAAGAGUGUUCAUGGUGGAACCUUAUUUUGUGUGGCACAUGGCGGUGGUAAGAGAUGUGUGGUUCCUGGUUGCACACGAAGUGCAAGGGGUCGCACAGACUGUUGUGUACGUCAUGGCGGCGGUAAGAGAUGCCAGUUUAGUGGGUGUGGGAAAAGUGCUCAAGGUAGCACCGACUUCUGCAAGGCCCAUGGUGGUGGGAAGAGAUGCUCGUGGGGCCAGCCAGGUUCAGAAUUUGGAAUUAACGAUCAUGUUUGUAAUGCGUUUGCCAGGGGCAAGAGCGGGUUAUGUACUUCUCAUGGUGCUCUGGUUCAGGAUAAACGGGUUCAUGGUGGUGCCACAUUGAGAACCCUGGUUCAUGACGCCACUCCAGAUCACCAUUAUAAAAUGAAACAAAUGUUCUUCCCUCCACAGACGACAUCAGUGACACCUCCCCAAUUUUCCGGUUCUGGGUUUAAACCCUUUGGGGUUCAGAACGGGGAUAUGGCAGCUGGACCAAGGCAGUCGACUAGUGCAGAAGGGCGUGUUCAUGGUGGAAGUCUGAUUGCUUUGCUAGCUGCAGGAAGUUCUGGUGGCUCAUCAAGUCCAGGAAAAGUUAAUGCAAUGCCUCAGAAAUGGAUAUGAAACGGUUCAUUAGUAGUAUGAAUGCUCUUGUAGAUUGUUAAUCUUUUUUGAAGUUUGUUUAAGCAUAGAAACUGUGUGAUUGUGGUCAAUGGUCAUGUAUGAAUAAGUGAAAAUUAGCCAAGUAGUUCGUUUUCUGAGUGUCGGUCGUUUUCCAUUUCCUUGUAUAUAUAUGUCUAUUUUACCACCAUGUUCUUUGUCAA